AUGGUGUUCGACAAGUACGAUGACAAGAAUGCAGAAAUUGUGGUGGGUGCACACGGGUUCAUAAAUCUAAUCUUCUUACGUUCCCGGUCCGAGGAUAACUACCUCAACGAGCUCGGGGUGGCGGAGAGUUGGCGGCAAUUAAGGAACCCUCUCCCAGCUGCUCUACCACCAAGAAGAGAUGCCCUCGAAGGCGUGAUCCAGGGAUUUCGACUACUUGACAUCUUCGAAAACUCCGAAAGCAACUUUCAAGCACGACUGUGGGGCUUUAAUGGCAGACAGGUCUUGGUCCAUUUCGAUGAGAAAGGGCUCCGAACUCAAGAAUAUCGUGAGGAACGGAGAGUUCAAGUAGUGGGCCUCCCUGCGGAAUCCUCUUCUCACGUUCUUGAGUCAGCCCCAGCGUGUGCCGUCCGUCAUGGAGACCCUGACAUGCAAAUAUGCUCCAAAAACCGAGAGUUCAAAAAGCUGUGCUGUUACAAAGCUGCUUAUAUGAUUUUGAGGAGACUUGCUUGCGGUGCAACCCUAUGUGGGCUCAAGGAUGCACUCAUCCUAGAGGAAUCAAAAGAAGUAAAGGCACUUGAAGCGCCUUCAACUUCGUGCGGACUUCCCAGCUGCCACCGCUUCACACCAGAGGAGUCUCCCAGAACGAACCGAUUUGCCCACCAACGGCUCAGAUGUGUUUCCUUCGACGAAGAUUUCGAUGAUACCACCUCGGGUCCUGGAUUCGACCAAAUCGAGGAUCCUAAAGAUAUCCACAAGACUCCGCUGGAUUCACUUCGGAUCCUAAAGCCGAGCAAGUCGAAAACGUCAAUAGCGUUUCUGAAGCCGGACUGCUAUUCAGAAUACUUAAGCGUGCUUCCUGCCUCCCCACUUGAGCCUCAGGGUCGGAAUGAAAGACUGUCACCCAGUAGCUCCAGGUCCUCGACCUCAGAUUCAGGAGUCACUACGUGCGGUGAUGAAGUGUAUAGUAAUAAGCCCGAAGACAGUGAGACCAUCGACUGGGACCUUAUACUCGAGACGCCCAAACCAUUCAAUGACUGUCGACUAGCCAUAUACUUGCCUGGCUUUCCACUCGAGCCUGUAGGGCGGAAAAAUGGACCAGCCGGCAACGUCACGUAUCAGAAAAAGCCAGGAAGGAAGCAGAGCCUUCAGUCGUCUUUUGGGAGGACGCAGACAGAUGCUAGGCAUUCUGCCGAUGAGGACCAUGGCAGUACAGAAGAAUUUGCCUCGACAGAACAGUUUAAUGCUCUUUAUGAAGAAGCUCAUAAUGAUCCAACCACCUUAAACCCCCCAGAGCACAAUUUAGUCUCGAGCACUGCAAAUCCUCCAAAUUCAAUCUCAAACCCAAAUCUCAAUACUGAGCAUCUUCAUGUUGCAACCUCGAACCCUAAAAUCGUCGGCAAUCCUCCAGCCGCUAAACCUAGACCAUAA